ACGCCGGGGACGAGGAGUGACCCGCGGGAGGGGCGCUGAGGGAGCACUGCCCCACGGGAGCCGUGCUGAGGGGCACUGUCCCGCGGGAGAGGUGCUGAGGAGGCGCUGCUCAGCGGGAGGGGUUCUGAGGGAGGGGUCACUCUGGGACAUCCCAGGAGCAGGAGCCGCAGGCGCCCUGCCUGGUGAAGAGCUUUGCCAAACUGUGAAAAGAGGAAAGCCAUUGCCACCUCCAAACUGGAAGAAGUCUGCUGUGAAAAAUAACAUUGAUGUCUGAGCAGGUCUUGGCCUUCACCUUCAUUGGAGGAUUCUCCUGAAGAGCUGACUUGUUUUAUGUUGAUAUGCUUGAAUUAACAAGAUCAGUGACCUAACUUUAAACAGUGAAAUCAUUGACACUUUGAUACAGAAGCUAAGUGAAAAUGAAACUCAAAAUACAAAUCUCAGGAAAAAAAUACUUGAAAGAGAGAAACAGAUUAGAGAACUUUCAUCCAUGCUUCAGUGCGAAAAAAUCAACACACUGAAAGGAAACCAUCUGUCAAGAUCAGUAAAGGAAGUACAAGCUCACCUGCAGCGUCAGAUUCAAAGAAAAGAAGCGGAAAAUGAUGAAUUAAAAGUAAAAAUACAGAAUCUAGAAAAGAAAAUAGCAAAGUGGAAACAUCAAGUUGGUGAAUACAAGCACCAGAAGUCAGCCUUAAAGGAAACAAGUGAACAAAACAAGAUUGCUCUGAAUAAAGCAAUGAGGUCCCAGAAACAAAGAGCUCAAUUCUUUGAAGAAGCUGCAAAAAAUUUAACCUCCAAAAUAAGAGAACAUGAAGUCAAAUUGUGUGAGAUAUGGUCCACUGCUGAUGUCUGGAAAAACCAGCAUGACAGAAUGCUUGAAGAAAAGACAAUGUUAGAAAUUCAAACAGAAGAUCUUAAGAAUCAGAUCACAAGCCUGUGUGAAGAAUUGGAAAGAAGGAAGGAAUGGAGAAGAAACUCAGAGGAGGAAAUUCUCAGAAAGCUAAAUUCUGGUAAUUCUGAAAAUGAAAAGAUUUACCUUGAAAAUGAAAAAUUAAAGGCUUCCAUUGCUACAUUGGAGAAAAGUACUGUUUCUGUUGAACAUGAGCUGCUACAUCUGCAGGAAAAUCUCGUUGAACAGCAUAAAAAUGAGGUACAAAAGCUACAAAUAGCAGUAGAGGAAUUGAAAUCCAGGUAUGAAAAAAUCUUAAAUGAAAACAAAAAAAUAACAGAAAACAAAUGCUUGGAAGUAGAUAAGUCUGAGUAUGAAUUUUCUUCAGCUUUUUUCUUCUGUGACAUCAAUUUCAAUGGCAGGGAUGACAAUAGUGUAACUUCUAUGGGCAGUCUUUCCUUAGAAGAAAACUGUAACAUUCAGAGGAAAUAUGAAGCUCUAAAAAGGCAAUUGGGAAAGAUGGAAUUUCAGAAUGAAGAACUUGCUUGUCAGCUCAGAACACAAGAUCAGACUCUUCAGUGCAGUAAAUUGAAGCUUGAAGAGAAAAUUGCAGAAUAUAAUGCAUUAACCAGACAACUUGAAUCUGCUUUGGAAAAAGGGAGAAAAAUGGUAGCUGAAGAACAGGAAAAAAUGUCAUACAAAGAACAAGCCUUUCAGACAAAACUGCUAGUUCUUGAAACUGAAGUGAGAGAGGGAAAAGAAGAAAAACAACAACUCCUCUGCAUAUUUCACCAUAAUGAAAAGCACCACGAAAUAUGUUUGAAAGAGCUGGAGAACAGCCUGCAGAAGUCAGAGAACAAGAACCAGAGCAUCCAGAAUUAUGUGCAGUUUUUGAAAGCUGCAUACAUAACAAUGUUUGGCUGAACUCUUUAACCUAUUUUAAAGUGGAGAAACUUUUCAGGAUUUGCCUCUAAUGAAAAGCUGGAGGAAAAGCUGUUGCAGUCUUAUAGUAUUUUGCAGGAUUGACUACUCUAAUGUUAGUUCUUCCCUAGGAAAGUGUCUGUUGUGGGCAGGGAGAAGCAGGUCAGUCAUUACUGUAUGUCCUACUGGCUGGUCGUAUAGGAAGUGGACUUGAUAUUACUGAUAUAAACAAUUAUACUAUUCAUGGCACAGAAGUGAAAAGGCAGACUGCAUGACAGCAGUGGCAGGAGUGUAAGUGUGGGGUAUGCACACAAAGUUGUAUGUUGGUCUGUGAAUUUAGUACCUUGUGUUAGUUUCUAUGCUGUAAAAUCUUAUAUGUGUCCUUUUAGUCCAUAGUAAAUGCAGGUGAUCACAGGCUAUCUUUCAAAUCACGUGGAGGAAGAAAACACCCAUGGACUAGUUGCAUAAUAAUUUGCAUAUUUUAAAUAUCCUAAUGACUGAUAAACACUUCUGUUACUGUAGAAACCUAGUUGCCUGAGAAAAUAUCUAACCUAUUAAGACAGACAAAAAUUUAGAGCAUUAUGUUCCCUUCCUUUCUUUUCCUUGUAGUUUAGCACCAAUAUAUCAUGAACUGCUGCACUGCAUGGGAGAGUUGCCACCACAAGGCAUCCUUUUUUGCCCUAUGUUCCAUAAUGCUCAGGAAUAUACUGAAUUAAUAUUUUGCAAAUAUAAGUAGGAAAGUAUUUUAGAUGCAUAUAUAGUUUAAGCUCUGAAUGUGUUGAUAUACCCUUUCAUAGUGACGCAGGUCCAGUAAGAUAUUUAAGUAUUUGUGUUUGAGCUCAAGAGCUGCAGUUGAGUAAGACUGACUUGUGCCUCAGGUUAAACACAUGUAAAUAUUCAACUGAUAUAGGGAUAAUACAAAAACCAGUUCUGAUUUUGGUUUUAAUUCUAAAUUCUACUUGGUUUUAUAGAUAUAUGCUGUGAUAUGUUUUUGGAAAAGUAGUGCAUUCAGUUAAAUAUACGUAAUUUACAACGUGUAAUUAAUAAUACGCAUUUCUUGACAGAAAACAUAAGUUAGUUCAUGCAUGAACAAUACCUAUUCUAUUUCAUUUUUAGUUAUUCAUAAUGUGUUGAAUACUGAUGUUUUUUCUUUUCUGUUUUUUGCAAAAGCUUAUCCAUCCUAACAAAUACUAAUGUACUAAUGAUCUGCUUGUGUGCACUUUUUAAAAAUAAAAUUAUAAUUUUUU